CAUGUAACCUAGCAACCGUGUGUCAAUACGGGCGGGUCGGAUAUCCCGCAAUGUUUUGGCUGUAGCGAUAUCGAUAGUGUUUGAAGUAGAGAUAUCAUAGUCUUUGCCGCUGUUUUCAAAACAGAAAAGUGUCAGACAGAGACGGUUUGGAUGCAAUGACUUCAAGAGAGCAAAGAGAGUCUGUUCAAAACGGAUUUGGCUCUGGCACCAGGAAGGCCAGUAUGGUACCAAUGGACACACUGGGGGAGGAUGAGGAGGAUUCUGGGGAGGAUGAGCAGGAGGCAGCGGAGGAGAGAGCGCGACAGUUGGAGGAACAGAACAAGUUUGAUGCCCUGUGUGACGGGAUUCUCAGUGCAGUGUCUCUGCUCAGUAACUCUCUACAGGAGGUGAUUGACCUGAAGGAUGAACUAUUGGAACAUUCCCUGCCACCCAAUGUCCUAGUCAGACUGGCCAUCGUGUCAGGCAAAAUCUUCAGAAGUGUUACAGACUUGAACGUCCCUGUCACAGAAUUAGUCAGACUUGUCAGGGUCUACUCUGAACCAUGGGAUGAGAAAAGUGAGGCCUUGAAGAAGCUGCAUGCAGACUACGAAAGUAAAAAAAGACAGCUGAACAUUGCCAUCAAAAGACUACAGUUGGUGGAUGCACAUUCCAAGCGACUUGCUCGUGAAAAACGGAUCAUGAACUGGGAGAAGCUCUUUGCCAAGCUAACGAGUUCAAAAGGGCAUGGUCGCAGAUGGAAAUUCCUGAUUGACUCGUUCAAAAAGAAGGCACAGAUGGGAGCUGAGCACCUGUUGGCCUAUGCCAGCAGUGUGGAGGAUGAGUAUGAAUCUGACGACGACUUCACCCAACCUGACCACCCCCAGUUUGCUGUAGUGAGCCCUUCCACUGAGGGACCCGAGAAGGCAACAUCACCGUCAGAUUUUGAGAGUGAACCAGAGCCAGAAUCGGAGCCAGAAAGCGGGAGUGAGAAUGACCUGCCUCCGGGUGACAGCGAGUUGGAAUCAGAAACUGGGAGUGAACGAGAACGGCUUGGGAAGAGUGCAGAGUCCACUAGCUCAAAACACUCCACAACAUCUCAAGAUGGUGGAACUAGCGACACAAGCGGAGGCAACUCAGACAAAAGCUCGGAUUCUGACUCUGAUUCAGACAGUGACAACGAAAGGAAGAGUAAGAAAAAGUCAGCCAAAAAGGGACAAACCACGAAAAAGAAAUCCCCGAUCAAAGGGGUUCUGAAGAAAAAAGGGGCUGCCAAGAGGAGAGGAUCUCGGGUGAGAUUUGGAGGGGCGAGCACAGUCGAGGCACCAGAACUCGUGGUUAAACCUCCCAUGGAAGACAGAGCAGUCUGGACUCAUGAACCAGAAUAUGACAGAUUUCUAAAUGUUAGAGUGUACAAGCCUGUUGGAAUGCAAGACACAGAGCUGACGUGUGUGUUAACCAUGGGAGAUCAGGUGUUUAAGACAGGAGUGUUGGAUGCACCCCCACCUCCUCCGGCCGAACCUAAACCCCAAACUCCAGAAAAACCCAAGAAAGGAAGCCUCAUUGGAAAGGGAGGUGCGAAGAGAAGAAAGUCUGUUACUCUCAAGGAACCACAUGAAGAAACUCCUAAGGAGGAUGACAGGUUUGAAGAGUUUGUGUUCAGUGUACCAGAAAGACUUGCAGAAAUGCAGGGGUUAAAAGUGGCCAUGAACUCACAGGACGAGAUGGCAGCUGUCGCAACCAUAGAGGCAGAGGACUUGGCUAGUCUGGAACUGCCAGUGAAAACUUUACCAGAAGAAAAUGCAGAAGAGUUUGAGGCUAACUUGAAGAGCAGAGACCCGACCAUGUUUCCCCUGUACCCCAUGAAGAGUUCCAAACACGGCGUCUACGGUAACCUUCCCCUCAAACUGUACUGGACACAGAGAGAACGUCCUCGCACGUUUGAGAGGGAAACAGAGACAAUGACGCUGAUGGAGCUGAUCACAGAACUUACAGGUGUUGAUCUCACCCAGCACCCAAAAGAAGAGUUAGUCACCAUGUUGGAGAGAGAGUUUGAGGACAGAGCAACGUCAGCCAUGUCUUUUGAAGAAGAGAAAGAGGACAUGGUACCUAAGGCAGAGUUGGAGAGUCUUAUGGAGCAGCACAAUGCACAACUCAUGCAGAUCCAGGAUGAAUAUGAGAAACGUCUGAACGAGCUUGCAGAGAAUCUGGAGGAGAUGCAGGAGAGAGGGCCACCCCCGCUGGCGAACAUGGAACAUGCCAUGGUGCAGUACUCCCCCCAGGGUACCCCUGCUCACCCGCGGUCCCCCGUCAGUCGGGCUCAGACCCGCGACCUCACACGGUCUCCCAACAUCCCGCAGGUGCCGCAGACAUCACGAGAGUCCAGCGCAGAAAAGGGACACAAACCUCCACCAGCCACGGCAUAUGAUGGGAUGUACCAACCCCAGCCACCCCCAUAUACAGCACCCAGGGCGAAAAGGAAAACAAUACAAGCACCACAACCAAACGCCAAGCUGCCAAAGGAUUUCCUGGAGCGGCUGAAGUUCCAGACUGCGGAGAGUAUCCGGCGCCAGGCCGAGCUGUACGACAAGACCAGGAGGAUGGUCGAGGAGAAGUACCUCAGACAGAUGGAGGGCCAGCACAGGAUGACCAACCCGGAGCCAUUGGAGCAGCAGCUGGAGGAUGUGUGUCUCCCAGCUGUGUUCAUGCCCACCAAGACUGGACACAUCUACAACCCAAGGGCUUAUCAGUACUUCCAUCCUAAUGGUGAGGACUAUCAUUGUUCACAUAGCUUUGAAUAG